AUGGCACGCUCUGCCCGAUCCUCUACGACGCGCUUACUCUACACCCUCUGUACCUCCUCACUCAAACCCCAAACUCAAAGCUCAACCGCUGCUCUGCUUGCUGGGAGUUUCCAGCUCCGCCACUACUCAGCAGGCAGCGCCGCUGCCCUUCGACAGAAGGAGGAGAAAGAGGCAUGGUGGAAGGAGUCGCUGAAGAAGCUCCGAAACAUCGGGAUUUCGGCUCAUAUCGAUUCGGGCAAAACGACACUAACGGAGCGGGUACUUUACUACACGGGUCGGAUCCACGAGAUCCACGAGGUUCGGGGGAAAGAUGGAGUCGGAGCGAAAAUGGAUUCCAUGGAUUUAGAAAGAGAAAAAGGGAUUACUAUACAGUCUGCUGCCACUUACUGUAGCUGGAAAGACUAUCAGGUUAACAUUAUUGACACUCCGGGUCACGUCGAUUUCACCAUUGAAGUUGAGAGAGCUUUGCGUGUACUUGACGGUGCCGUUCUUGUUCUCUGUAGUGUUGGCGGUGUGCAGAGUCAAUCAAUCACUGUUGACAGACAAAUGCGAAGAUAUGAGGUUCCAAGACUUGCUUUUAUAAACAAACUAGAUCGCAUGGGGGCCGAUCCAUGGAAAGUUCUUAACCAGGCAAGAUCCAAGCUUCGACACCACAGUGCUGCCGUGCAAGUUCCGAUUGGUUUAGAGGAUGACUUCAAGGGCCUUAUUGACCUUGUCAAUAUGAAAGCUCACUACUUUCAUGGUUCCAGUGGAGAGAAAAUUGUAAUUGAAGAUAUUCCUGCUAAUAUUGAAGCGUUAGCUCUUGAAAAACGCCGUGAACUAAUUGAAGCGGUCUCCGAGGUUGACGAUAAACUUGCGGAAGCAUUUCUUAGUGAUGAACCUAUUUCACCUAUCGAUCUUGAGGAGGCUAUCAGAAGAGCUACUAUAGCACGGAAAUUUGUGCCUGUGUUCAUGGGUAGUGCAUUCAAGAACAAGGGUGUUCAACCACUUCUUGAUGGUGUUCUGAGCUAUUUGCCUUGUCCCACUGAAGUUAGCAACUAUGCUCUGGACCAAACCAAGAAUGAAGAGAAGGUUAUGUUAUCUGGAAGUCCUUCUGGUCCUCUGGUUGCCCUAGCUUUCAAAUUGGAAGAAGGACGUUUUGGUCAGUUAACAUAUCUAAGAAUCUAUGAAGGCGUCAUCAAGAAGGGUGAUUUUAUUAUCAACGUGAACACGGGAAAGAAGGUUAAGGUUCCUCGCCUAGUUAGGAUGCAUUCAAAUGAAAUGGAGGACAUUCAACAGGCACAUGCUGGACAAAUAGUGGCUGUAUUUGGUGUUGAUUGUGCUUCAGGGGAUACAUUUACUGAUGGGUCAGUUAGAUAUACCAUGACAUCUAUGAGUGUACCUGAGCCAGUGAUGUCAUUAGCUGUUUCAGCAGUUUCUAAGGAUUCUGGAGGCAAUUUUUCAAAAGCUUUGAAUCGCUUUCAAAGAGAGGAUCCAACUUUCCGUGUAGGAUUAGAUCCCGAGAGUGGCCAGACAAUAAUAUCUGGGAUGGGAGAGCUCCAUUUGGAUAUAUAUGUUGAGCGCAUGCGAAGGGAAUAUAAGGUUGAUGCAACAGUUGGGAAACCUCGUGUCAACUUCAGAGAAACGAUCACUCAGCGUGCUGAAUUUGAUUAUUUACACAAGAAGCAGAGUGGAGGACAAGGUCAAUAUGGAAGGGUUAUUGGGUAUGUGGAACCACUUCCUCCAGGCUCACCAACUAAGUUCGAAUUCCAAAACAUGCUUGUAGGACAAGCUGUACCUUCAAAUUUCGUACCAGCUAUUGAGAAGGGAUUUAAAGAAGCUGCCAACUCGGGUUCUCUUAUUGGCCACCCUGUUGAAAAUAUCCGUGUUGUUCUCAAUGAUGGUGCAGCCCAUACUGUUGAUUCCAGUGAACUUGCUUUUAAGUUAGCUGCAAUAUAUGCUUUCAGACAGUGUUAUGCAGCUGCCAAGCCCGUUAUAUUAGAGCCUGUGAUGUUGGUGGAAUUAAAGGCCCCCACAGAAUUUCAGGGCACUGUCACUGGUGAUAUCAACAAGAGGAAAGGAAUGAUUGUGGGGAAUGACCAGGAGGGAGAUGAUUGCGUUAUUACUGCUCAUGUACCUCUCAACAAUAUGUUUGGAUACUCGACAGCUCUUCGUUCUAUGACUCAGGGGAAAGGUGAAUUCACAAUGGAAUAUUUACAGCAUGCACAAGUUUCCCAAGAUGUGCAGAUGCAACUGGUGAACACGUACAAGGCUUCAAAGGGUGUCGAAUAG